AUGAACAUUUUUAUAGUGUCAAUAACAUGUGUCAUUUAUGCUUAGAGGAUGUAUUUUGAAGGAGAAUAGAUACCUGUUUUAAUUAAUUCAAUGAUUUCAGAAUCCACAUUACUUCCAUAUGAUUAUUAUGAUCUUGAUAUAUGUAAACCUGAAUCUACAGAAAAUUUUGGAUCAAUGAUAUUAGGAACUUUAACAUAAUAGUCUUCAUUUAAAGUAAUAUUAUAAGUAAAAUGAUAGUUGUUUAUGAAUUAUGAAUUAGUAGAUGAAAUAGUUUGUUUUAAAAACUUUACUUAAAUAGAAUAAAACAAUUUAAAAUGGUUUAUUGAUCAUGAUUACAGAGUCAAUAUGUUAAUUGAUGAUUUACCAAUUAUUUUUAGAGAUAAUUUGAAUAAUUAAAUAAUUGGAGCAUUUUUAGGUAUCCGAGAUUUUAAUUAGUAUUCUUUUUAUAAUCAUUACAAUUUUAAAGUAGAGAUUUACAAUACUUCUAAAUCAGUUAUAAAUUAAACUUUUAGUAUAAAUUAAAUAACAGUUGAACUUGAAUAAAAGUGUGAGAAUAUUACUAAAAUAGAUUUUGUUAGAAAUUGUUCAAUUAAUCAAAUGAUGAAAAUUACUUAUUCUGUAUAAUAUAUAAUGAGCAAUUCAUCCAAUAGAUGGUAAGCCUAUUUAAAUAUAGUGUUUGACUCUAACUAGAAAUGGUGGUCUAUAAGUAUAACCUUUAUAAUAACUGCUAUAAUUGCUUGGUUUAUUAGAUUUAUAAUAAGAAGAGAUGUAAUGAAAUUUAAAGCCUUAUCAUAAAAUGAGAAUGAUGGAUUAAAUGCUUAAAAGAGCUGGUAAUUGAUUAGUCGAGAUGUAUUUAGACCUCCCUCUGGUAUACUAUUUUUAAGUAUCUUAAUUGGUACUGGAAUUCAAUUUACUAUGAUGACAAUAUCAAUCUUCUUUUUUUCAUCUAUAGGUUCCCUAUAUUCGAUACAUACAACUAAUUUAAUAACUAAUUUUAUUGUUGUCUAUGUUUUUACAGGUAUUUUAAAUGGAUAUUAUUCUUCUAAAUUUUAUAAAUAUUUUAAAGGUGAAUAUUUGUUAUUAUGUACUUUGGGAAGCAAUCUAGCAUUUCCUAUUUUAAUCAUAUUUAUUUUUAGAAUUCAAUAUAUUGCUCUCAUGUUUGAAGGGUCUUCAAGUGGAUUAGACUUCAAAUCAGGAAUCACACUUAUUGCUUUAUAUUUAGGUAUACAAACUCCUUUAAAUUUAAUUGGAUCUUUUAUUGGAUUUAAAUCUGAAUCCUCUAAAACUACUUGUAAAUUUGGAUUAAUUCCUUAAUAAAUUAUAUAAUAACCCUUUUAUUUACAUUAUUUUUUUAUAUGCUUAAUAGGAGGACUCAUUUGUUUUAUGUAAAUUAUAUAUAUAUAAAUCUAGAUCUGUUGGUCUUGAAAUUAGUUAAACAAUGUAAUUAAUUUGGAAGAAUUCCUAUUAUGAAUUCUUUGUCUCUCAAUUUUUUACAGCAAUUUUAUUGAUUAUUAUUAGUGCAGAAGUAUCUAUCAUAACAGUUUAUUUACUAAUUUAAAAUUAAAAUCAUAGAUGGUAGUGGAAAGCCUUCUUUGUACCAUUUACUUCAGGUGUAUAUUUAUUUAUAUAUUCAAUCUAAUAUUAUUUAGAUUCAUUGCAAUUUACUAGGUAUUACUAAUUAAUUUAUAAGAUUCUCAACCAUUUUAUACUACUUUAGUACUAUGUACAUGGCAUCUUUGUGUUUAGGAUUAAUUUGUGGCACAGUUGGAUUUUUAGCAAGUCACAUUUUUGUUUAAAAAAUAUAUUCAAUGAUCAAAUUAAGUUGA